AUGGCCGUUCUCCUCUCACUCUCUCCUCACCACCACCCCCUAAACCCUCCACAAAACCCAAACCCCAAGAGCCCAAAACCAACCUCUCUAGCCUCUACCCUCCUCAACACCAUCUCUAAGAGAGAGUUCAUCUUCAAAGCUACUUCACUUUGUGUCAUUUCCUUAACCACUCAAAACCCACUUGUACAAGUCUUAGCUGAAUCUUCUCCACCUUCAAAAUCGGUACUUUCUACCCUUGCCAAUACGAAAUCUUGGUUUCAGUUCUAUGGUGAUGGUUUUGCCAUCAGGGUCCCUCCUCAAUUUGAGGACGUCAUGGAACCAGAGGAUUACAGUGCUGGGAUGUCUUUAUAUGGAGAUAAGGCAAAGCCAAAGACCUUUGCGGCCCGUUUUGCAUCUUCUGAUGGAUCUGAAGUUCUAAGUGUUGUUGUUCGCCCCUCCAAUUCACUGAAGAUCACCUUCUUAGAGGCUAAAGAUAUUACUGAUUUGGGAUCAUUGAAGGAGGCCUCCAAAAUCUUUGUUCCAGGUGGGUCAACUUUAUACUCUGCCCGGACACUAAAAGUAAAGGAAGAGGAAGGUUACAGGACUUAUUACUUCUAUGAAUUUGGUAGAGAUGAAGAGCAUGUGGCACUAGUAGCUGCAGUUAACAGUGGAAAGGCAAUUGUCGCUGGAGCAACUGCCCCACAGUCGAAGUGGGACAAUGAUGGCGUAAAGCUUCGGUCUGCUGCUAUUUCACUGACAGUGAAUCAGCACAUGGGUCAUAUGGGCUGGACACAUUACCCAACGGUUUUCCCUCAGGCAAUGUGCCCUGAUAUUUUCUGGUGUAUAAAGCCAAAAGGCUUUGCGCCCUUCCUAUCUCCAGACCGGCCAAUUAAUCCUCUAACUCUCUGCUCAAAGAGCCAACAAAUUAUCACCAAUGAGAACCCAACAAGACAGCAGCCCGAAGGGUACUCUUGUAACUUAUCCCGACACUUCAAGCGAUAA